UUGCACGAAGGCACGUUUUGAAGAUAAGAUAAUUCGGGCGUGGCCUAUCUGAGAACUGCCGUUUUCACCCGAAGAAUUCGCGAUGCAGUCACAAAUACACGAGCUUUGUUUCAAGGUCAACCUCGCCUCAAGACCUUCACAUUGGUGGUUUUAAAGAUGGCAGGUCGUCAUCUUAAAAUCCCGGCCAGGAACCCUGACCCUGCUAGACGAGGUCAAUUUGAAAGGUCGUUAUCUCAGCUUGUUGCCAUCUCGCUUACCGAAAUCGCAGGUUGAGGCAAAUUUUGGCUGCAACGGCUGCUGCAAGUAGCUUCCUCGCUCCGGGAGUAUUGUAUACUGAGAGCCUGUGUGUUUGCUUAUGGAGUUUCCUGAACGAGUAUUGCUCUGUUGUCUUCACCGCAAAAAGUUGCUUUAAUUUACUUCUAAGGCCCUACGUGCUUGCAAUUUAAUGGAAGCUCCCCUUAUACAUAUUUAUUUCAAUUAGCGCCUAAAAAUUACUUUAGAAGAUUGAACGAUCCGCCAACUUAGUUAUGUCUGUGCGCAUUCUCUGGAGAAGCAUUAUCACUGAAAAAACUCGGCAUCGUUCGUACUUUUAUUAAAACUCCGUACGCUCGACUAGUUUGUUUAGGAAAAGUCUUGAAUGAUCACCUCUCAGGAACUUUUAGACGGAGAUGGAAGAGAUCCACUACAGUAUAUUUCCAGCGAACCGGCGUGAUGUUGUUGGCAUCUGCGACGCAGGCUUGGUUGGACAUAUGCGAAAUGGAAAGAGAAUUCCAAGAGGUCAUUCAAUUGUAUGCCUGAUGUUUGGGGGAUUUUUUGAAUCCACUGUUCAAUCUAUCCGUUAGUUGUCUAUAUUUUUAAAAGCUCCUGUCACUUGUCAAGGACCGUUAAACAAAUGAAACUGUUAAUCUUGUGACCGCUUUUUUAUGACCUUGGAAUGCUCGAAAAAAAUAGACGGAUAAGGACUGUUUUUCUUCCUCUUUCAGUGUAUUUACAGUAAUAUAAGGAGGUGACCAACUCUUAAAUGGAUAUGAGGUGUGUUCAAAAUGUCACAAACCACACCUUCAAAGACCUGAUCACCUUCAAAUACUUCACAGAUCACAAGUUUUAUAUCUGUGCUUCGAAUUCUACUCAGAUUUACUCUAUCGCGUGCGUUGUUCAGUGGCGCGCGGUUUUCUCGGUAAACGUGCCGAUGGGUGCUCGACUAUACCUACGGCUUGUGUGUGGUGUGAGUGAUAUUUUCGUAUGAGAAAUUACAUGCAUGGGCAAGGAAAGAGUUAGGUUCAACGAAGCGUUUGUUCCGAGACAGCCCACAACCUGCUGUCCACCCUGAGUUAUACCGCGCGUCAGACUGCCUAAGUAGUUGGGCCAUAUUCAUGAAUUUAUUCAACAAAAUUGGCCUCGAUUUCUAUAACUAUUUCCUUAGAAAGUAAAAAAUGAAACCGGUGCGAUGGCGUGUUUACAUCACGUUGUUUUUCCUCACGUCGGAGAUCGCCGUCUUGCUGGGAAAGCCUGCCAAGAAGUCACGUAAAAGAGGCAAGCGAACGCUCGAGUCGACGCCGAAGCUAACGCGCAGAGAAUGGGAACAGCUUCAUAAGUUCGAAGAUGCGCUUAAAAACGACAAUGGAGAGCUUAUGUUCACCAAUUCCUGGGCUGUCAAACUUGACCCCGCCGAGAUAAAAGUCGCGGACAGGAUUGCUAAGAAACAUGGAUUUACAAACUAUGGCCAGGUUGGGUCACUUAGAGGUUAUUAUCAUUUUAAACAUGUAGGCAAAGGUUUACGUCACAAGCGUCACAUACAUGAAAAGACCAAGUUAUUACUAUCUGAAGAAGAAGUUGUAUGGGCGGAACAUCAGCACAUCUUAGUAAGAACAAGAAAGGAUGGUAUUCCUAGUGAUCCUAAAUUCAGAGACCAAUGGUAUCUUUUAAAUCAAGGCCAGUCAACCGGCCCAGCAGGUGUCGACCUCGAUGUCAUGCCGGUCUGGCGGCAAGGUAUCACGGGAAGAGGAGUUGUUGUUAGUAUUCUUGAUGAUGGAGUGGAUCACACGCAUCCAGAUCUUAGAGAUAAUUUUGACCAAAAGGCCAGCUAUGAUUUUAAUGACAUGGACGCUGAUCCCAAGCCAAGAGACAGUGAUCCUGACAACUGUCACGGCACACGGUGUGCAGGAGAGGUGGCAGCGGUAGCUAACAACAGUGUAUGCGGAGUAGGUGUAGCUUAUGAUGCCAAUAUUGGAGGAGUGCGAAUGUUAGAUGGCCAGGCGACUGAUGUGUUGGAAGGAAGCUCUCUUAGCUUCCAGUCAGAAUACAUUGACAUCUACAGUAACUGCUGGGGUCCUAAGGAUGAUGGCAAAACAUUUGGCAAACCAGGAAAACUGGCACAAGAGGCGUUAAUGCAGGGCGCACUCAAGGGUCGUGGCGGCAAAGGUAACAUCUACGUGUGGGCGACUGGUAAUGGAGGUCUGACAGAUGAUGACUGUAACUGUGAUGGUUACACCACCAGUAUCUACACCAUAUCAGUAGGGUGCAUAGGUGAUCAUGGUCUGUCGGCCUAUUACACUGAGCUAUGUUCGUCUACCCUGGGUGUUACUUUCAACGGAGGAUCACACAGAGAAAAGGAAGAAAAUAAAAUGGUAACAACAGAUCUUCAUCAUAAGUGCACAGAAGAGUUCAAGGGAACGUCCUCUGCUGCUCCUCUGGCCGCAGGAAUGUUUGCUCUCGUUUUGCAGGCGAACCCAAACCUCUCAUGGCGAGAUGUCCAACAUCUUGUGGUUGAAACUGCUCAGGUAACGAGCCCAGUUGAUGAAGGAUGGAUGAAAAAUGGAGCUGGCUACCAUUUUAAUCACAAGUUUGGCUUUGGAAGGUUAGACGCGGGAGCCAUGGUAAAGAAAGCGAAGACAUGGAAAAACGUAGCACCACAAAGAACCUGUCACGGACCCUCUAGUCAGACACAACAGGAAAUUCCCGCUGGCGGAACGUUGUCAAUCACUAUAGACACCAUCGCAUGUGACGGAACUGACAAAGAAAUCAACAAGUUGGAACACGUGACUCUGACCGUCAGCUUCCAACACCGGAGGCGUGGUGACGUCAGCAUCGACCUGUUCUCGCCGAGUGGGACUAGGAACGAGAUGUUGUCGACCCGUCGUUAUGACGAUUCUAAGAACGGCCUUCACGAUUGGACGUUCAUGACCGUGCACAACUGGGGAGAGAAUCCCAAGGGAGUGUGGGUGAUGAACGUGACUGAUAACAUCGCUACGUUGAACAAAGGGGUCGACGUGAAUGGAUAUCUCCAACAUGACACUAGCAAACAGGAAGCCGAUGUGGAGGACUUGGAAGAGGAGGUCAUUGACGACGAGAAGAAAACUCAGGAACUAGAGGCUAACAAAGAUGGACCAAAUAGAGCUAAAAACAAUAAAGGCGCGGCCUGGGAUGCCCCUUACCCUGAGGGGGUGAAAAAACACAAGAUUCACAUACCAGAGGCUCCACAGGCUAAAUCAACUAAUGAUCAUGAAGAGGAAAACGUGAAAGCUGAUGUGCCAGGCAAUACAGAGGCAGAGGUAUUGGAAAGUUAUGAACCAGGAAUGUUCGAUACCAUUCUCCCAGAGGAUUUUCAAAACGGAGUAGGAAUUAGCCAAGAUCCGGACGCUUUUGUUGCCGCGUUUGAAACACCAGACGUCACACAGGACAAUAACUAUCAGAUGUUAAAAGCAUCGAAAAAAACACUUAGUGAUGAGGACAAUGGUGACGAUGAAAGUAACCAAGUUUACGGAUACGAUCGUUACAUUUACACGAAGGAGCCCGACGAACCACCGAAGGUAUCCGAAAGUAAACGAACAGAUACGGAUUAUCAGGGACAGCGUGUUCAGGUCACAACUGAAGAGACUGGGUCCCAGCGGGUGCAAGUCAAUAAUGGAUUUCAAGAAGAGUUUGUUCCGGGGUUAAACCCGGAGUCUGGGCGGAUUAGUUCAGGAGUGUUUUUAGAAUGGAAGCUGACAUUUUACGGUACGGGUCCUAAUGAUAGCGUGUCUGGAGAUGAUGAAGACGACGAGGAUGAUAAUGAUUCUUCAGAUGUAGAUAUUGACUUGUAGACUUUAUGCUAAUUGCCUUUUUUUUAUCACUGCGAUUGUUAAAGACAUCUAACUAAUCAAAUGUACAGCGUCUACAAUCUCAACGAAAUUCGAAAGAAACGUGAGAAAUCGCUGCACGGUUAUGUACCAGAUCAACAUAUUUCACUGUUAAUGGCUCUGGUUAGCAAGAUCUGAACGUGGAAUAUGUCUGCGGAGGGCGCGUGGAGAUGGUCCUUAUUCUAUGCCAGUUAAUAAAUUCCACGAGCAUUACAGGCUUCCUAGCUCAAGAUGCAACUAGCAUUGUAAAGUCCGAAAAUAUCAGGGCGUAAAUAUUUGUAAAUGGAAUUCUAUUUGCAAAAAAAUCGUCCAUCCUUUUGAUUUAGUUGAAGUAGCAAAUGCUCCACUUUUGUUCUAAUGAUCCUUUUAAAAUGGCACGUAAAGUUGUCGAUUCUUUCUGCCAAUCAACGAACAGAACACGUGAACAGUCCGAAAGACAUCAUGAUAGCUUACCGCCUUACGUCAUGCGUGUCGCUUAGUGACGACUAUGACGAAACAAGGUGGCUCAGUCAGCUCUUCGAGGCAGGAUUUUGACAUUCAAUGCUUCUUGUUGAUUCGUACAAUUAUUGAAGUUUAGAAUCUGUCUCGCGGAAAUCAGGAAAAAGUGAAGGAGAGUCAAUCUCUUUGCUUAUGACUCACUGGUUCUUUUCAGAAACUUCUCAGAAACUCCUUACAGUUAAUGGGGAAUGUUUUGUAUAGAAUUAGCGUCUCAAAAUUAGCAUUCUUAAAAUUAGCGUCCCUUUUAGCUGAAAACACGUUACCAUCUCCAUUCUCGCCAGAUUUCAGAUCAACUAUAACUUGCAUAUAUUCUCCUAAACGUUACAGUUUUGAAUGUCGUGACGAUUUCCUAACCUAUCAUUGCGUGAAUCUUUAUUAUCAUAAGACAGUUUCGUUCGUAUUUCAGCCUCCCCGCACUGUUUUGAAUUUUAGUUCCCCAAUUACUAAAGAUAAUUCUUACCUUUGCAGAAUUUUUUAAUUCCAAAGAUCAAGUCACUAUGCUAUAUUUUAUAAUACUGAUUGCUUUCUGUAUGUAACGUUUCUUUAUACAGAGUAUAUGAAACCUAACUUACCUGCCGUGUAAAGUUGUCGUAAUGCCGUCGUAAAUAUUCUACUUUAAGCAGCUUUACACUUUAUCGAUGAGCUUUACACAAGCUAAAUAUAAGUUUCAAAUUAAGCUUCCUUAAGGAGACUAAAAAUUUUAAUCGAACAUUAACUUUAAGUUGUUGCUUAAACUCACAUGCCAACUUUAAUUUACCCCAGCUUUACGUCAACUUUACACUCGGUAGCGCAAAUGUUGGCUUCAUAAAAACGAAAACUUGACUUACUUUAGGCAGAUUUAAGGUAACUUCAAUUUUCCGUGAGUCUUUAUUUUCAUGCUGUCAAUCAGCUAAAUGAUUCUUCUCCUUUCGUAUGCGAACGUAAUGUACCAUACUGUUCUUGUUACUGGUUGAUUUUUAAAUAGACGCAAUUUUGAUCAAUAAAGAGCUUUACAAUUUCGUAAAUGGACUGGCCUAAACUAAAAACUCUUACUAACCGUGGCAACACAUCUGCACGAUAAAAACACACACCUACCUCGUGCACAUGCGCGGUUAUUUGUAUUUUAUCGGUGACUGGUAUCGCGGUGUUGAAUAGUUAGGUUGCGAAACGCAGAGCGCCGUCGGACCAUUGGUUCACUUGCGAAGAGAAAUACAACGACAACGACGCUGUGUGAAACAGAGCUAAGCUUUUCUCAGUUUUGCGGGAAUGUCAGCUAUCGCUUCCCCUAAAGCUAAGGUCGGCACACACUAUGGACUAUGUUGCGGGGAGGUGAAGAGCGGGAACAACGGUCCCUUCGUGUGUAUGCAUAGGGCGUAUGUUGACCACAAAAACAAAACAGACUGAAUUUUCUCGCGUUUCCUUCGAUGAAAUUCCAUGAAUUUGGGAGACUAGUAAUAACGAUUUUACUUCAUUUAGGGCUCGUUUUCCAGGGAAGUCUAUCUGACUAGUUCUUAUGCAGCGGCAAAAGACGCAAAUUUGCAAACAUUGAGAAAAAAAACUGCCAGUACAAACUCUACUUUUUACUUGCUUGAAAGUCUUAUCUGGCCAGAUUCGAUGUAUUGUGAAAAUGCUGGAAGAUUCCACCGAAGGAAAUUCAAGAAAGCCACAAAUGUUGCCACAUAAACGAUGAAAAAUGCAUUUGUUAGAGCAGUUUUAAUGCAAGAAGCUAAGAACCAUUAUUUUAACAGAGAUGAUGAAAAGCAUUAUUUCAUCAUUGCUUAUUACACUUAAAACGUUAGAGUCAGCUGGGUGGAAUGCGAAAUGAACUUUCAAACUGAUGUAACAAUAGCGUGCAACACGACAAAUGAUUACCCUAUGGAACCACCUUAAAUUUUAUUUGUUCCUGAGCUUUCAGUUAAAAACGGGUAUUUUGACAAGUUCUCGGCCACCGCUUAGUUCAACCCAUCCAGACGUCAUAUCUUUAUUUCGGACAAACCUGUUCUCGUCAAUAGCAAAGACUAUAUGUAUCUUUGGAUCCAAUCAUUAAAGAAGUUGUCGGGUUCGUUCUUCCGAUGUAUCACGGGCUUGUUUUCUCUUGUGCUCAAGUAGUCAUCGAGAUCAUCAAUCUGGUCUGAUGCGGGUUUGUCAAGUUCUGCUAUCAAGAGGUCGUCUAAAGUCGUCUCCUGAAAUUUGGGUUCCUUGUCCCUCGUAAUCAACAAGUUGUCUAAAUAAUCUCGAGGUUCGG